UACUCGGAGAGUCGAGAGUGACAGCGGUUUGGAAAAGUUCCCGUCCUUCCGAAGCUAAAAUCAAAACUUUUGCGGCUUUAGAGGCCACCUACUGGUGUUUGUGUGCAAGACUAGGGUUCAAGUUUGUUCAGAAGUUGCACAAGAUCUAGGAGGAUGUCGACAACAAGCGGAGCCCAGAGUUCGGGAGACACCAGGAAAAGGGUGAAAAAGGGUUCCUCUGUGCGAUCUGUCAGAGAGGAGAAACGCUACAGGUGUGAGGAGUGCAGCAGGCAGUUCAGUCAUCUUGGUAAUCUGAAAGCUCACAUUAGGACUCACACUGGUGAGAAACCCUACAGGUGUGAGGAGUGCAGCAGGCAGUUUAGUCAGCUGGGUCAUCUGAAAAGUCACAUCCAAACUCACACAUGUGAGAAACCCUACAUGUGUGAGAAGUGCAGCAAGCCGUUUAAUCAGCUGUGUGAUCUGAAGACUCACAUGCGGACUCACACAGGUGAGAAACCCUACAAGUGUGAGGAGUGCAGAAGGCAGUUCAGUCAGCUGGGUGAUCUGAAGAAACACGUGCGGACUCACACUGGAGAGAAGCCCUACAGGUGUGAGGAGUGCAGCAGGCAGUUUAGUCGGCUGGGUCAUCUUAAGAGUCACAUACGGACUCACACAGGGGAGAAACCCUACAAGUGUGAGGAGUGUAGCAGGCAGUUCAGUGAGCGGAGAGAUCUGAAGAGACACAUGCGGACUCACACAGGGGAGAAGCCCUUUAAGUGUGAGGAGUGUAGCAAGCAGUUCAGUCUGCUGGGUAAUCUGAAGAAACACACGCGGACUCACACAAGGGAGAAACCCUACAGGUGUGAGGAGUGCAGCAGGGAGUUCUCUCGGCUGGAUACUAUGAAGAAACACAUGCGGACUCACACAACAGGACUUGUACCAUUACACAAGAUCAGAAAGAUGUCAACAACAAGCAGUCGGUGUGAGGAGUGCAACAAGCAGUUCAGUCGACUGGAUAGCCUGAAGAGUCACAUGCGGACUCACACAGGGGAGAAACCCUACAGAUGUGAGGAGUGCAGCAGGCAGUUCAGUCAGCUGAGUGCUCUGAAGACUCAUAUACUUACUCACACUGGGGAGAAACCUUACAAGUGUGAGGAGUGUAGCAGGCAGUUCAGUCUCCUGAGUAUUUUGAAGAUUCACAUGCGGACUCACACAGGCGAGAAGCCCUACAGGUGUGAGGAGUGCAGUAAACAAUUCAGUCAGCAGAUUGCUCUUAAGAUUCACAUGCGGACUCACACAGGUGAGAAACCCUACAGAUGUGAGGAGUGCAGCAAGCAGUUUAGUCAGCUGAGUGACUUGAAAACUCAUGCACGGACUCACACAGGGGAGAAACCCUACAAAUGUGAGGAGUGCAGCAGGCAGUUUGGCAGGCUUGAUCAUCUGAAGAGUCACAUGCAGACUCACACGGGUGAGAAACCCUACAGGUGUGAGGAGUGCAGCAGGCAAUUCUGUAACCUUGGUAGUCUGAAGAGUCACAUGCGGACUCACACAGGGGAGAAACCCUACAAGUGUGAGAAGUGCAGCAGGCAGUUUAGUCAGCUGGGUGCUCUGAACAGUCACAUGCGAACUCACACAGGUGAGAAACCCUACAGGUGUGAGGAGUGCAGCAAGCAGUUUGGCAGGCUGGAUCAUCUGAAGAAUCACAUGCGGUCUCACACAGGUGAGAAACCCUACAGGUGUGAGGAGUGCAGCAUGCAGUUCUGUCAGCUUGGGAAUCUGAAGGCUCACAUGCGGACUCACACAGGGGAGAAGCCUUACAAGUGUGAGGAGUGCAGCAGGCAGUUUAGUCAGCUGGGUGCUCUGAACAGUCACAUGCGGUCUCACACAAGGGAGAAACCCUACAGCUGUGAAGAGUGCAGCAAGCAGUUCAGUCAACUAGGUAAUCUGAAGACUCACAUGCGGUCUCACACAGGUGAGAAACCCUACACGUGUGAGGAGUGCAGCAGGCAGUUUAGUGUGCUACGUUCUUUGAAAAUCCACAUGCGGACUCACACUGGGGAGAAACCCUACAAGUGUAAAGAGUGCAGCAAGCAGUUCAGUCAGCUGGUUAAUUUGAAGUCACACAUGAGGACUCACAAAGAGUGAGAAGCCUACAAGUGUGAGGAGUGUAGCAAGUAGUUUGCUAAGUUCUUUGAAAACCCAGGGCCACAUGCGGACUCACACAUGGCAAAGAACCCUACAAGUCCAUUGACCGCAGCAAGCAGUUCAGCGAGUAUUUUGUGAAUCAUAGUGGAACACAAACAACACAAACAAUUGGACUUACCAAACUUUUAGACUGACCAACUCCAUAUCUUUCAAGGAUUGAAGAAUCCACCGCUUCUACCAUGGACUUUCUGCAUCUUAUGAUCCAGUGUUUCAUAUGAUUUAUUUGUUGAAGGCGACAGCACGAAAGUGGUUACUUGCUCAUUCCCCGGCAAAGACUGGAGUUGGACAAGUCGGAAAAGUCCAGUUGUUGCGUAAGACUUUGAUUCGGCAUUGUCAUUUUGGUUUGACAUAAUUCAGGUGGUGUUAUAGAAUUAGAUAAAGAUGUUUGUCUUGUUGUAAGCGUAUCGUGUUCAAGUUGACUUCCUAUCUUUAAACUUCUUGUUUGAUUAGUUUUCUAACUGAAACUUAGUUUUAGUAAGUAGAACUUAACAUUGUUUUGUCAUUGUUUUUUGUUGUUGUUCACUGGAACUUAGCAUUGUUAUUGAAGUAGAAAUUACUUUAGCAUUUGUUGGGUAAACCAGAACUUAGAAUAGUUUUCGUUAACUGGAACUUAACGUUGUUUUUGUAGACUAGGACUUAAUAUUGUAUUGUUUUUGUAAACUAGAACUACGUUUAUUGUCUACAAGGAAAAAGAGUACCUUCUUCACGAGUGAACUUGAGAUGAUGAUAAAUGUUAUGUCAUUUUUCUCUUCUAUGAAUAGUUACUCUUGCUACGUUAUGUAACAUGUUAUAGUUUAGUCUCCCAGUUCGACCUUAGAGAGAGGGAGAACAAGAAAACUAUCAGAAGUUCUAAGAAAUUUGUAAGAUAAGUUCGUUUAUGCAUGUCGUGUGUAAGCAACUGAAGUUCUAAACUUGCUUACCAUGCUCAUGUUUUGUUGUUAGAAAGUUGACGUUUUUAAGUCUUUUGUAAUGAUGUAGGAUCUAGCACAUAUUCUUUAUGCAUACUAGUUGUAUUAGAUAUUAUAUUCUAGUAGUCGUAGAUUUGAGAUGGAAGUCAUUCAUUUCCCAAAUAAAGUCACUUGUUUCUUGUGCACUUGUGUAUAGCUGUCAAUUUAGGAAUAUGGCUUAAGUGUCGGCAUAGCUGUAGAUUAUA